AUGGAGAGCAGUAAUUCAUGCAUUGCACAUGGGGACCGGCAGCUCCGACGGAUCCGCCUCCCUGGCUGCGAGCUCCGGUGCCAGGUGGCGUAUUCCCUACCUCUGCGGAAUCUCUCCAUGGCACGAGUGAGCAGCUCCUGGAAGAUCUCCUAUGCUGCUCCGAAGCAGGCCUAUGAGAAGCACAUGUUCUGCCGGCCACGCCUCUACGAGCCUCGAGGCUCCGUUCCGGAUGUGAUUUGGGAGGCGAUCUGGCCUUGGGUCCCGGCCAACUGCCGCGUCUUCGACCCGCAUUUGAUCUACACACCAGUCGUGGACGGAACGUCAUUACGCACUUGCUUAGAGAAGUGCAAGAAGUGCAGAGAUGCGGCCAUGUGCUUUUUCGUCUACAGUGAGUUCGGAGACAUGUUGGGCGGCUUCUCUCCCGUGAUCUGGGCCCGGACCAGCGGAUACUUGGACCUGAUGACCUCCUUUAGGGCUGCCGAGGACGCCUUCGUCUUCCGGAGGCUUCAGGGGAAGAGCACCGUGGACGUCUUCACUUGGACGGGCGCCAACCAGAUGCUCAUGCAGGCCUCCGAGCUCCAUGGCUUGAUCUUCGGUGGGGAUGAUGCCGCGGUGCACGUGAACAAGGACCUUACACGAGCCACCUCCAGCGCAUCGCGAUCCUUCAGCUCUCCGCCACUUCUGGAGGAGAGCCACGGCGAGUCGAAGGUAGCUCGGCACAGGUGGACGGAGUUCGCGACUCGUUCGAGAUUUGCAGGCACGUCCCGUGUUUGCUACCACGGCAUCGGAUCUGAGUUCACAUGCGGCGGUGGCGACAGGUUCGAGGAGCUCAAGACUGUGGUGCAGCGAGAGCUGAUUCUCAACACUGCCAAGGACCUGGUGGAGAUGAGCACCGGAGCCGAGGCCAUGCUCGUCAAUCGGCGCUACGACGAGUUGAAGCUGAUGUACCGGAUCUUCAAGCGCGAGCCCACGAUGCUGCCGCACAUCAUCACCGCCAUGGAGCCUUACAUCGAAGGGAGGGCUCGGGGGGUUGUGGAAGACCCGCAGAUGAUCGACAGCCCCGCCGCGUACAUGGAAAAGGUGCUGGAGCUGAAAAAGGAGGUGGACGACAUGGUCGUUUCCUGCUUCGACAGCGACACCGGCUUCCAGAAGGGCCGAAACCGAGGCCUGGAGGCUGUGCUGAACAAGGACACGCGCUGUGCCAAGUAUCUCGCUCUCUUCUGCGACCUGCAGCUGAAGAAGGGCUUGAAGGGCCGGAACGAGGAGGAAGUGCAGACGUUGGUGAACCAAGUCGUGAGUCUCUUCGCCCAUCUCAAGGACAAAGACAUCUUCCUGGACAUCUACAAGAGCGCCUUGUCCCGGCGCCUGCUGAACAAGCUCUCUGUCUCCAACGAUGCCGAGGACUGCUUCAUCACCAAGCUGAAGGUGGAAUGCGGUCAGCAAUCCAUCCAAAAGCUGGCCUCCAUGUUCACGGACAUGGCGCUGAGCGACCAACUUCAGGAGGAGUACAUGAAGGGCUCACACUCUGGUUCUCCGGGUGGCGUAACCCACGAGGUUCGAGUGCUCCAAACCAACGCUUGGCCCGAAAAGGCCGACGACGUGCCAGUGAUCCCUUGCCCGGAGAUGACCACCUGCAUCACGGCCUACGAAGCUUUUUACAACUCGAAGCACAACGGCCGGAAGCUGAGGUGGAUCUACAACAUGGGUAGUGUGGAGCUGAAGUGCCACGGGCUGGCACGGCCCCAUAUCUUGGUGGUAUCGGCCUAUCAGUGUCUCGCACUGGUUCUCUUCAACCAAAGGCAGCAGGUGACUUUGAGGGAGAUAUGCGAGGCGACCAAGCUUCCUGAGGAGGAAUCUCGACGACAGGUCACCUCCUUGACAGUUUCCCGGCACAAGGUGCUCCUGCACGACGCGACAGGCAAGGACCUCGGCAGUGAGACGAAGCUCCAGGCCAGCUCAGCCCGGUCUCUCGAUUUCUGUCGUCUCCUCUCUCUCUCUCUCUGCAUGUUCUAG